GAUGAAGUAGUUUCCGGGCGACAGGGUACCAGCAGUAAACAUGGCGGAGGAACUGCUGGAAGCAGUGGAUAGACUCCAGUCGCGGCUCCUGGAGAAUCCGGAGCCUCGAAAGCUACUGAAGAUUUUCAAAAGACUGGGGGAGCUUCCCAUGACCGUGGACAUACUGGUGGAAACUGGAGUGGGGAAGACUGUCAAUUCUUUUAGGAAGCAUCAGCUGGCUGGAGAGCUGGCAAAAGACCUUGUUGCUAAAUGGAAGAAACUGGUUCCUCAGUCAGACAGACCCACCAACGUCAGAGAGGCGCCACGGUCACACACGCACUCGCGAGGCCCAGACGCAGGUGGUGGUGGAGGAGGAGGCAACAGGCGCACCCGGGAGCCCUCCCCUGAGGAAGAGCCCUCCUACAUGGAGGAGGAAGAGGAGGAGGAGGCGGUAGAGAGAGGCUAUCACACAAACUACUCGCCCUCGCCUCCUCAACACGAGCACUACAGCCCCCCACAGCGAGGAGGCUACCAGUCAGACGAGUACGAGAGCCCCGAGCCUGAACCAGAGCCCGAGCCUGAGCCUAGUCCUCCUCCUCUUCCUCCUCCUCCUCCUCUUCGCAAAGAGGUCCGCCUCGCCAAACCAAACAAAGAACCCAACAAAAACCACCACCACGGUUCCCACGGCGAAAGAAACAGGGACAGAGACGAGGAGCGCCGGCAACGCCAUGCACAGACGAGUAGCGCUCGAGGAGGAGGAGGAGGAGUAGUAGAAGAAGAAGACGGUGAAGGGAAGAAACGCAGCACAGACAGAGAUAGUCCAGUAACAAAGUCUGCAAAGCACAGCAGGAAGUCCACCACGCAUGAGAGUAAAAGGGAGGAGAAGAAGAAAGGAGGAGACGAAGGGCGACCGCGGGCGCUGAAGGACUCUCCGCCCAAGGAGGAGGAAGAGGACUUUGAGACUCCCACAAUGUCCUUCGAGUCUUUCCUCACAUAUGACGCCCCAACACCCGUCAAGAAGAAGAAGAAGCAGCCGCCUUCGUCAUCGUCCUCGUCGCACAGUCGACCGCCCCACUCCUCCUCCUCCACGUCGUCCUCCCACCGUUCACGCACCCCUCCGCCUGCCCCGUCCUCAUCUUCCUCUUCAUCCAAAGGGAGCAAGUCCAACGGCACCCAGAGUACCAAGAGGCCACAUUCAGGCUCCAGUUCGGCGACAGCGGAGAAGCGCAAGCGGGUGGUUGAGGUCGUUGCUUCUCUUCCUGAAAUUCCUCUGCCAGCGAUCCAACCCAAUUACAGACCUCUGCCCUCCAUCGACGUCACGCCGCUGUCCCCUCAGAGACGGAAAGUUCCCGUCUGCAACGAUGAGGAGGACUCUGGGUUCACAGGGAAGCGGUUCAACUCUAAGAUGGUGGUCUAUUCGGGAUCAAAGACUGCUUACUUGCCCAAGAUGAUGACUCUGUACGAGCAGUGCAUCCGUGUGCUGCAGAACAACAUUGACUCCAUCGCCGAGGUCGGAGGAGUGCCGUUCGAGAUCCUGGAGCCGGUGCUGGAGCGGUGCACGCCGGAGCAGCUGUACCGCAUCGAGCAGAGCAACCAGUGGUUUACGGAGGAAUCUGACGAGCUCUGGAUGCGCCACUGUCAGCGGGACUUCAAACGCGAGACGCCUCAGGAGUACGAGUCGUGGAGGGAGAUGUAUCUGAGGCUGCACGAUGAGCGCGAAGAGCGACUGAGGAUGCUCACCCAGAACAUCUCCUCCGCCCACGCCAACAAGCCAAAAGGGCGCCAGGUCAAGAUGGCGUUUGUGAAUUCUGUCGCCAAGCCGCCACGCGACGUCCGCCGCCGACAGGAAAAGUUCGGCACCAUCAGUGGUUCUUCGGCCAGCUCCACCGCAGCGGCAGCUCCCAUCAAAAUAAGACCAGCUAUGACAGACUACUCUGGUGAAUCGAGUCGCUCCUCAUCCUCCCAACUCGACCCUUCUCCCGGCUCGUCUCGCUCCUCAGCACCAGGUGGUGGUGGUGCAGGAGGAGGAGUUGGAGCAGGACCUGCCGCCCGGGACAAACCACAGGUCAAAAAAAUCGCCCCCAUGAUGGCCAAAACUAUCAAAGCUUUCAAGAACAGAUUCUCCCGCCGAUAGUGUGAAUGAGACUGAAUGUAUUUUAUGGAUUCCAACUGUGUUUUUAAUUUAAGUUUUUAGCUCAAUUUUACUGGAGACCCCAUCAUCCCGGAACACACACACACACACACACACACACACACACACACACACACACACACACACAUCAUCUUUACCACCAAAUGUACCAUAUGAACUUUUCAGUAUUGGUGGAAAAAUGGUUGAUUUCUUUUAAACAAAUUUUAUUUAAGUGGUGGCAUCUGUUUGGGAGGGGGGUCUUUGAAUAAGUAUUUAAAUCAUAAAUGACAGUCAGGUGGUGUGACAUCUGUGUUAAGAAAAUUAACAUUUUACAAGAUGCAAGGACACACACCUGCAAAAACUCAGUCUGUUACUUUCUCCUGUUUUCUAGCAGACAUUUUAAAAGGAAAAGCUCGACCCACUUUUUUUUGCUUUUUAACAGCAUUCAAAAAGAAGACUGAAACCACCGACCAGUCUGUAUGCUAUCUUUAAAGCUGGACCCGGGAGAAGGUUAGCUUAGCUUAGCAUAAAGACUAUAAACAAGGGGAAACGGCUAGCCUGGAUCUGUUCAAAGGGAACAAAAUAUGCCUUACAGAAUCUCUAAAGCUCAUUAACAUGUUCUUGUUAGCUUAAACGAAUUCUGGGGGUGUUAUGGGCUAAGCUUUACACAGGAAACUACAAAUUUUUUGAAAAUAUCAACCAACUAAGACACAACGUUUUAAUCAGUGAGCUUAAGGUGUGCUGGUCGGUAAAUUUUGCUACUAUGCUAGCCGUUUCCAAUUUUUAUGCUUAUGCUAUGUUAUGCUAAGUUAGCCAACUGCUGGCUGUAGCUUCAUAUUUUUAUCCUACCGACAUGAGAGUGGUAGCAAUCUCAAUACCUCUUCAACUAAAAUAUCGAACUUCCUCAUCAUGGUACAGGAAAAUUACUGAUUCAAAAAAUUUUUUAUUUAAAGAAUAGUUGUUUGUCUCUUACUUACGAGCAACUUCAAACACUACAUGAGGAAAACCGUUACACACUUUUUCCUUUUACCUUAAUGGCUUGCAUGGUGCACAUCAGCCGAGACAUCAACUUGCUGGUAAAAUACUCUGCUUUUUAAAGAAAACAAACAAACACAUGCAUAUCUAAACAUGAUUUUUUAUGUGUAGGGCUGAAAAUGAUAUCAGUGAACAACACACACACACACACACAAACACUUUGUAGACUUUUUUUAACCCUCCUGUGGCUUCAGAUCAUGUUUUUUCCUGCUGUUGAAUGUGUGUGUCCGGUUUAUAUCUGCUUCACUGUGAGUGAAUUCUGAAGAGAAGAAAAGGAAUUAGGAAACACGACAAUAAGGAAGCAAGUUAAUAGGACGUCGGCAGUUUGAGUCUACAACAAUGAUGAGAUGUAUUUAUUUUUAACACUGGGACCUGGAACCCUACAACAUGGGCCCCAAACGAAGUAGAUUACAAAUUGUAAUUUUAUUAGAUUUUAAUAAAUGUUAUAUGGUCAUUUUUAUUAAAAUUGACUUUUUGCCCUUAAAGACUGUGUGAAGAAAUCUUUUUUUGUGUGUCCGUGUUCUAUCAAGCAACACAAACAAAACAUUUGUGCUUUCUGUUGAACAUGAGAAAGGAGCAUCACUUUUUGUCAACAUUUUCCCUCUGAAUGACAGAAAGAAUUCAAAAGGUCCACAGAGGAGGCUGUAAAGUAAUAUGGAAAAACUGUCCCUUGAGAAUUUUCUGUUGCCAUUAAUAAAGAAUUAUUGGUACAUUAUUUACAUUCAAUGUUUUUUCUUUAAUCAUGUACUGUGGCAUUUAUUCUUUAUUAAACCUACAUUUUCAUUUUUUUCCUUUGUUUCAAAUAUCUCUUCAUUAACGUCCAGGAUCUAAAAAGAUACUAACCUUUUCAAUGGGUGUGGUUUCCAUAUAAAUGAAUGUCAUAAUUCACAUUUGAUCAAGCAGAUACUGUUGAUUGGUAAAACCUAGCGGACUAUUUGAAGAUUG